GACCCUGUCUCAGUAUAAAAAAUAAAAAACUGCUGGAGAGGUCGCUUGGUGUCAAAGCUGUGGGUUUAAUCGCCAGUACUAAAAGAAAGGGAGAAAAAGUGCUAUGAAACAAAAUGAGAAGGAAGAACACGACCUCUUUACUGGUUUAGCCUUGUCUAGGAACGCUAGAGAAACAGGUGUGAGUAGAACAGGGUGGCUAGGGAAAACCUCUCUAAGCAGGUAACGUUUGAACACAGAUUGGAAGGAGCUGAGAAAAUGAACAUGUAGAAUCUGAAGGAAGAAUUUGCAAGCAGAGGGAUGGACUAGUGCUAAGGCUUUGUUGAGUUCAAGGAAUAGUCAAGCAUAGGUGGUUGAAGACUAAGAGAAAAUUAGGGCAGAUGAGAGAGAUGGAGGGCAAAAGAGGCAAGGGGGUAACCCACUUUCUGAUCCCCAUUCUGUCUCAGACAAGUUAUCUUUCUCAAAUUCUUCCUACUCUUGACCUCUGUUCCUAGAAUUCAUUCUUUGAUUUUAGAGAACGUAAACUCAGCAUGUCCCAACAUGGAGCAGGUUGGGAGUGAAAAUAUUUUCUUAAUAUUACUUGGAGGUCCAUCGAUCAUACGCUUUGUAUCAUUUGGAGCUGUUCCACCAAGGUAAUUGGGCAGAGAGGGAUGAGGCCGGCAUAAGGAACAUUUAGCUGGACCCUGAAGUGUCCUCCUUCAAGAAGAAAGAACAUGAUCAUUUUACUGCCCCCAGGAGUAAAACCACCCCAGGGUGAUCCUGGGAAGGAACCGCCCCUCAAGCCCUGAGGGUUCUGGGUCUGAGAACCAGGUUGAGAUCCGAUCCAGGGGCCCAGGUGCACUGUCUUUGACAGCAGCCUCCUGCUUUUCCUGGCCGGGCUGAUCUGAUGACUCCCUCUUCCAGCUGCUAAAACUGGAGUCCUCUCCUAUUUUUUUCUCACUCUCCUUUGUUAAGAGCGGGCCUGAUCCUUGCUCCUCUUAGCAUUUUCUUGCUUUCCAAUUAAAGCUUUUGCUUGUGAAAAAGGUGAGGGGAAGAGGAAAUGCUCAGAGGUGAGAGCUUUUUGGAUCCCAGGAAGUCCAGCUUUGCCUCCAACCAAGAUAAAAAGUCACAGAAAGCUUUUGAAGAAAAUAACAUGAUCUGACUUAAAUGCUAAGAUGGGCAAUAAGACCAAGAUCGCAAAAUGUCCCUUAAGAACAAAACAACCUAGAAACAGUCUCAAGUCAACACAAAAUACUUUUAUUGGGAGUGAAAAUUUUUUUCAAAAGAAGACAGUUGGUUUGGAAACUUCACAGGCAAGAGGUGAAAAAAGUAGAACGACCCUUUCACCCACUAAGGAUUUAUGUAACCCGUAUACAGAUGAAGACUGUCUUCUUACCCAAAAAGAAAUUUUACCUGCAGCCCCUGAUAGACAGAAGACCAGAAACACCACAAAUACAUCUCUAGGAACUAAAAAGAAGCCUUGCAAUAAGCACAUCACAGCUGAAAAUGUGAAUAGCAGUUUGGUGUGUCUUACACAAGAGCAACUAGGACAAAUUUUGAUGACUGUAAACAAAGGAAAGGGAUUUAUUUCCCUGACUGAGAAUGAAAAGGAAGAAGAAGCAAGUCCAGAUAGGCUGCAUUUAAACAGUAUUCCUGGUCAGCCCAAGAAAGAGAACAUUAUAGGAUUACUCCAGAAAACUGAUGCUGUUUCAUGUGACCCAAAUGAAAAUAAACCUGUCGUUAAUAAAAUCCAGGAGGCAUCGAAACAGUCUCAGGAGAAAAUCAUCACAGAGAAUGAAUGGAAACCAGCUGACAUUUUCAGUACUCUUGGUGAAAGGGAACGUGAUAGAAGUUUAUUGGAAGCAAAAAAAGCCCAGUGGAAGAAAGAUCUAGAUGAACAGGUUGCUUUAAAGAAGAAAGAAAAAGAAGCUUCAGAAAAACAGAAUAAUUCUUGGAAAAAAUCUGAAAAUGACAAAAUGACAUGGGAAAAACUUCUUGACUACUUUAGGACUUCUGCCGGUUCUUCAGAUGUGUCACAGUCUCCUUGUCAGGUUAUGGUGGCCCAGGCUGAUGGGCCUUCGUUACAUAAAGCUAGUGAGUUUUUAGAGGCAUCGAACUUGGGGCCUUGUGAUUGUGAGACAUGCGGCAGCACCACUGAGGGUGAAGAACAUGACAGAUGGGCAGUGCAUUUUGAUUCAUUAAAGAGCCACCCGGGUUCUCAGUCUCAGCUGUCCUGUCAGUCUCACCCAACGCACAAACAACCUGAAUACUUCAGUGUCUCUCCUGAUACUCGGGAGCUGGUUGAUGUUGGCAGUGUUUCUACACCUACAACUGGAAGCCAGCGUGAACCAUCAGAGGCGGAGCAGGUAGCAAAGCCUGUUAGGGACGUAGCUGUGGCAAACGGUCAGAAAACAAACUUUCUCCGUUCUAUGACUGCUCUGUUGGACCCAGCACAGAUUGAAGAACGGGACAGACGGCGACAAAAACAGUUAGAACACCAGAAAGCAAUCACUGCUCAGGUAGAAGAGAAACGCAGGAGGAAACAAUUGGAGGAAGAGAAAAGAAAGAAGGAAGAACAAGAGGAGGAACAUCGCUUGGCAAGAGAACAAGAAGAGAUGCAGAAACAGUAUGAAGAAGACAUACUAAAGCAAAAACAAAAGGAAGAAAUCAUGACUCUCAAGACACAUGAGCUAUUCCAGACAAUGAAGAGAGCACAGGAGCUGGCUCAGAGACUGAAACAAGAACAAAGAAUCCAAGAAUUGGCUCAAAAGGGACAUGACACCUCCCGAUUGGUUAAAAAUCUUGGUGUUGAUAAGGUACAUGUGGAAUAUAAUGCUUCUACUAACAUUUCGAAUUCAAGAUAUGACUCUGAUGAAGCUGGUGGUAAAACAAACACAUUUAUCAGUUCUACUACGACUUCUCCCAAAAAGGAUACUGGUGUGCAAACAGAUGACUUAAAUACAGGAAUAUUCACCCAUGGAGAACCACACUGUGGAUCAACAAUAAAGACAGAAGUUAUAUAUUGUUCAUCUCCUGAGAUUUCUGCAGAAUUUAACGGUCAGUUUAACAACGACAAGCAAGAACUUAGUGAGGAUAAAGGAAUCAAUUUAGAAAAAGCUAACAGUUGGUAUGACCAGUGCAGUCACUUCAUAACUGAGAAAAAACAAAUAAAACAUACAAAGAAAUGUCCAGAAAGGCCUGAUUGGAAUAUAAACAAGCCUCUCAAAAGGUAUGUUCCAGCAUCAGAAAAGUACCCCAAACAACUUCAAAAGCAGAGAGAAGAAAUAAACUUAAGAAGGCAGGUGGAAGUGCUUCAUUUGGUAGAAAGAAAUAAUCCUGAACACGUCUAUCAAAAUAGAAGCACUUCACCAGAAGUUCUUCAGUCAUCCCAUCAAGAAAAUGAGUCAAAGAUCAGGUGGCAGCUAUUAAAAAAGGAAGAACCAUCUCUGAAAACUCAUUCAUUCAGCAAGGAAAGGUUUCAGUCAUCACCAGUUCCAUCAAUGAAAAGCAGAACACAACAAACUCAGACUACUGCAUUACAUCUACCACUAAAAAAUAGUAGCUAUGAAAGAGAGUGUCGGAUGCUAGGCAGUAGUCAAACAGAACUAUCAGCUGGGAUGCCUGAAUUGCCCCAUUUUAUUCCCUACGUUCGAACAAAUGAGAUCUAUUACCUGGAUCCAGAUGCACCAUUGUCUAGGCCUUCAACUGAGGACCCUCAGUACCAAAAUUCUUGUGAUUGUGACCAAGAACAGCAGCUAUUCAACGCUGACCCUGUCAGGCAUCGACAGCAAGCAAUCCUUAAGGGACUAUCAGAAUUGAGACAGGGCCUUCUCCAGAAGCAAAAGGAGUUGGAAACUAAUCUCAUGCCUUUAGCUGCAAAUCAAGAAAAGAAUUUUAAUUCUUCAUGUAAAAUUUAGAAAGUGAUUUUUGUCUUUCA